AUGAAGCUUUGGGAUUCGAAUAGAUAUGAUGAUCAAGGAACAAUGGACGAGAGUAGUCCUUUUGACGAUUUGUUCAAAUUGUCAAGGACUCAGCGUCUUUAUGCUUUUGGAAUUUGGAUGUACGCUGCUUGUUCUACAACAGCACAAAGAGGUGCACUCGAUUGGUAUAAACCAUUUCAUGAUGCUACCAAACCAAUUUUUGAAAAAUUAUAUGCAUCAGUAGCUGACGGGACUGAAACGCGACGGACGUUAGAAAAAAAUUCGUCGCCUACAUAUCGUGAAGAGCUAGAAGAAGAACUAAGAGAAAUUAGGGAAAGUGAGAUUUGGAGAGCUGGCAAAACU